AUGUCCGCCAAAGAACUCGAAGCAGGAGUCAACACGGCCAAUCACCACGAGACGAACGACAGUACUUCCAAAGAGGCUGUUCUCCACACAGAAGCCGUCGAUGAAGAUACUCUACGCUACACCACAGGCCCUCCAAUCGAAAUCGAUGCGGCAACGAACAGACGUCUUUUUUGGAAGCUGAAUCGCCGCAUCUUGGUUAUUCAACUAGUCACAUACUUUUGUCAGUCUCUCGACAAGGGUACCCUCAACUUUGCUUCUAUCAUGGGCAUUCAGAAGGAUGCUAAACUUGCUGGGCAAGAGUAUCAAUGGCUCGGUACCAUCCUAUAUAUCGGUAUUCUUGUCGGCGAGUGGCCGCAAAACUUCCUUCUGCAGAAGCUGCCGCUUGCCAAGAUGCUGUCCGUGAACGUGUUUAUCUGGGGUACUGUGGUUGCAUGCUCAGCUGCAUCGACCAACUUUGCAUCGCUCAUGGCUGUGCGCUUCCUUCUGGGCUUCUUUGAGAGCUGUGUUCAGCCUGCUAUGAUGUUGCUGACCUCUAUGUGGUACACUCGCGAGGAGCAGUCUCUUCUCAACUCGCUUUGGUAUUGCAUGUCUGGUGUACAACUGAUGGUUGGUGGUCUGCUUGCCUUCGGUGUCUCUCACUUCACCGAUGGUCCCAUCAAGAACUGGCAGCUGCUGUUUCUUAUCCUCGGCCUUGUUACAUGUGUCUGGUCGUUCGCUAUCGGCUACUUCCUACCUGACAGUCCUAUGGCGGCCAAAUGCUACUCGGAGGAUGAGAAGCGUCUCUUUAUUGAGCGUGUCCGUCACAACGAGACAGGCAUCAGGAACAAGCAGUACAAGAAGUAUCAAGUCAAGGAAGCCUUCACUGAUCCUUUCGUGUGGUGCUGCGUCGCGCUCAUCACCGUGGCGAACUUGAUCAUUGGCGGUCUUGGAGUCUUUUCCAACAUCAUCAUUCGCCAAUUCGGAUUUUCACUCCUCCAAACACAGCUCCUCAAUAUCGCUCAAGGCGCCUGGCUGAUCAUCGUUAUGAUCGGAUCGGCACAAGCUUGUCAAAAAACGGGCCAGAGUUGCUACAUGAUGAUCCUCUGGACUAUACCGGCAAUGGCCGGCACGAUCGUCAUCCUCACUGUGGUGCCAAAUCCCGGAAACUCUGGCGGCAUGCUCAUCGCCUUCUACUGCACCCAGUUCUUCUGCGCCCAGGGCAACAUGAUCAUCUCUUUGAUCACUCGUAAUAUCGGUGGCCAAACCAAGAAGGGCAUGGUGAUGACAAUGGUGUUCGUGGGAUGGUCUGUCGGCAACCUCAUCGCGCCUCAGAUCUUCCAGACGAAAGACGCGCCACGAUACCUCCCUGGUUUUCUAGUGCACAUCGUCAUAUACGGCUUGUACAUCGGGCUGAUUGCACUGACCCGUUUUGUUCUGAUGGCAAGGAACCGUCGGAAGGAUGCUGUCAUCAGCGAGGUCACUCAUGAACUUGCUUUCCAGGACUUGACAGAUACGGAGAACCCCAACUUUCGUUACGUGUACUGA